ACUGCUGUGAGGGCUGUCACGAUGACGUCGGGAGUGUCUUUCGUCCGCUCACCUCAACCGAUCGUGGCGCCUCCCGGCGAUCGAGUGGUCUUUGAGUGCGAGACCAACGUUCCACCCGAACGGGUCGUCUGGCUUCACAAUGGCGCCGAUAUGUCAGCUCAUUACAAUAACAGUGGAGCUUCUUCCUCUUCCAAUCGCCGUAAAGGCAGACGGGCCAUCGACGAAGAGGCCGCCUCAUUUCGAAUGCGAGAGGGUGAAGGGUCUCCCAAAUCGGCCGUUCAUCUCAUCCUCAGGAUUAGCAAGAAUCCUCACCGAUAUCGACAGCAGGCUGGAGACUAUCAGUGCGUGGCUUGGUUUGGAGCUGUGGCCUUGACGUCGUUACCUGCCCGCUUAUCCAUCGCUGUGCUCGGCGAUUUUCCUCAUUUACCUUCGUCGUUUGUGACGUCAUUGGAUGCAGAGUCAGUUCAACCAUCUGGACCGGGCCGGCCGACGUUGAGAGACAACAAUGGCAGUGGGUUAUCGACCAGUGGCAGCGUCUACGUUCUGGAUGUGUUUGCCGGCGAAACGGCCGUCCUUCCGUGCCCUCCACCUCCAUCCGACCCGCCUGCCACACUCACCUUCUUCAAGGAUGGCAAGCCCGUCAUCCAUAACGAUCGCGUGAGGCUGAUGGUAUCGGGUAAUUUGCACAUCAUCAACGCCAGUUCGGCGGACCAAGGGCUUUAUUCGUGCACGGCAGCCAACCACAUCACGGGCGAGCUGAUUGAUGGUCAGCGCGUUCUCAAGUUGGUGGUCAGAGGAGCUCCCGUUAGAACCAAACCGGCGACAAUCACUUGGCAGCCGGAAGAGAGAUACAUUAGCCAAAUUGGCCAUAACGUAACUUUGGAAUGCGCCGUGACCGGCUGGCCGAAACCUCAGAUCCGAUGGAUCCGUGAUGGCAACCUACCACUUCCUGUCGGUCGUUCCUAUUACCUGGGAGGUGGAGCCCUGGUCGUCACCGGCCUGAUGGACCAGGACGAAGGUGGUUACAAUUGCGAGGCGUCGAAUGCGGCUGGCCCGCCUAUUCGAUCGCCGACUCUAUUGCAACUGACCGAACCGGUUGCAAUCAUCAAGUCGCCCAAAGAUUCCCGGGUGGAAGAAGGAGCUCAAGUCGUUUUGGCUUGUGAAGCUCGAGGACGGCCUCCACCUCAACACUAUUGGGUCUUUAACGGCAACGCGUUGAACAACGAUACUCACGUUAUCAUUACAGAUCAACAAUUGACUAUCCUCAACGUUACCAAGCGUCAUGCUGGCAUCUUUCAGUGCUUCGUGUCCAAUUCAUUAAGCAAAGUCGACGGCGGGGCGGCCACGCUGGAAGUGAUCCCUCGCUCUAAAGUCGCCUCGUCGCUGUCGUCCAGCUCGUCGCUGACGGCGUUCUCGGACGAAGAGGACGACGAUGAUCUCGACGCGGAUAGUUUCUUCGAUCCGACGGUGGCGCCGCCGCCGUUAAAACCUACGCCCGAAACGUCGGAGAAAAAGGGCAAAGCCAAAGGAGGCAAAAAUCGACCUAGAGAAAUGAUACCGCCUACUCGACCGAAUAUUACUCGCUUGACGGAUGAGUCGGUGAUGGUCCGCUGGUCGGUUCCGCCCAACGAAGGAUUGCCCAUCGAAUUUUUCAAAGUCCAGUAUAAAGAAGCGGAUAAACGAGGAUCACGCUGGAAAACCAUUGAUGAGGACAUCCCCUCGCACAUCCGGAGUUAUGAAGUGUCCGGCCUCAGAUCCGGACAGACUUAUCGGUUCCGGAUAGCCGCCGUCUACUCCAACAACGACAACAAACUGGGGCCCAACUCUGGCCGUUUUCUGUUGGAGAAAGAAGCGCCAAAGAGAAAACCCGGCUUCAGUCCAGUCAUUGAAAUAGCCGAGGCCGUCAGUCAGUCCGCCAUCAUGAUCCAGUGGAAGUAUCCCGAAUUGGACAGCGUUCCUCUUGAGGGCUUCUUUAUUUAUUAUCGUUCGACGACCAGUGCCGGAGAUUACACCAAGGUGACUGUGCUGGGCGGUAACACCCGCACCCACAUUGUCACCCAUUUAUUGCCCGAGACCCAUUACGACCUCAAGAUGCAGGCGUUCAACAUGCAGGGUACGUCAGAAUUCAGCCGAAUUGUGACAGCCAAGACGCAGAGUUCGACGAUCUUCACGCCUUCGUCUUCCACGAAUCGACAGCACAAUGGAAUGCAUCGAGAUUCCGACACGAGCAACAGCAUCGGCCCGUUGGAUGUGGUCAGCUCAGAUACGGCAGUCACGAACGACACCCUUUACGUCGUGCUCGGCUCCGUCCUGGGUGGUCUCACUGUCCUGGUGGUCCUCCUGGUCGCCCUCUAUCACUGUCGCCAAAGGAGCGCAGAACGAGAGCAUGAUCGUUCCGUAUGGAAUGGCAAAGCCAUCACGAACGAGAACGGCAAUACGAUCAGCGUGUCGCCCAAUCAUCACUACGUUCACCAUCAUCACCACAAGAUGCACAAUGGAUUCGUCGAUCAGCAGCGGCCCAUCUAUUCGACCGACGGCCAGCACGCGGACAAUGACGACACGGCAGAGACGUCGUUUUGCCAACGGACGCUUCAACAUCGUUCGUCGGGAGAUUUGCUACGGUCCACGGACAGCCUUUCGCGCGGCUCGUUGAAACGCGGCUACGUGCGCAACGGGUCGACUCCCAGCCUCCACCAGCAUCCGGCAAACAGGAAAGUAAUCGAUUCGAAUACUUUACCUUUACUCAUGCAUCAUAAUAAUGGCCGUCGUGAGCCGUGUAUGGACGACGCCGAAUGGGAGGCGUCUGUCCCGCCGGCCGACAGCGAAAAAUUCAUUUGAA